UCUUCCCAUAUUAGUUAUAAUUAUCUUGAUUCUCUCUCCCUCUGCUUCCGCUUGCUUGUUCUCUCCAUUUGUGACUUUCUUUGAAAGUUGGUUUAAUCACAGUAGUCGUGUGUGUCAGAUGAAGUUCAGCAACCUUCCGGAGGGUUUGGUAGUUGAGAUACUCUCUAGAGUUCCGGCUAUAUCUUUGGCAAGGUUACGAUCAACAUCCAAAGGAUGGAACGAUUUGAUUAAAGAUGGGAGAGUACUUGCUAAGAAGCACUUUGCUCAUGCUCCAAGGCAACCUAAGGCUCUCUUGUUGAUUGAUAACAGGGUUUAUUCAGUGAGUAACAAUCUUCUUGGAGUUGACAAUAACGUUGAUGCUUUAUCUGUUAAUGUAACAUGUCACUUUAGCCUAAAAGAUCCUCUUUCUAAUAAUUCUUCAGAAGAAGUUGAUAUACUCGACGUCUUUCACUGUGAUGGCUUGUUACUAUGUAGAGUCAAGGACUAUAGGCUGGUGGUUUGGAAUCCAUGUUCAGGUGAAACCAAGUGGAUUCAACCUAGAGAUUCGUACAAGGACGACGACUUUUAUAUUCUCGGUAGAUCCUCUUGCAACCAGUACAAAAUCUUGAGGCAGGAUUGUAUCAUCGAUUCUGUCCAACAUCAUUAUGAGUAUGAAAUCUAUGACUUUACCUCUAAUUCGUGGAAGGGUGUUGGUGUGAGAACCGACUUGUAUAUUCCUGAGACUAACAAUGGCAUGUCUGUAAACGGAAUUACUUACUGGUUUGAUAUAUGUGAAGAAUUCUUAGUAAGUUUUGAUUUCUCAACAGAGAGAUUUGGAAGUGAGCCUCUCCCACAAUGUGAUAGUGUUUUAGCUUUAUCAGUGACGACUGGACAAAGGCAACAACUUUGUAUGUUAUCUAUUCAUUACACAUAUGUGAUCAUGGAAACAAAUGUUCACUUAUGGAUAGCAACGAAGAGUGAGAACACGGGAGCAAUGACAUGGAGAAAGUUCCCCAUAAUAAUCGAGGGAGUAGAUCCACGCUAUCGUUAUCAUUUUAGAGAAUACAUGAGUUUCUUCGCUUCCCUGGUGAAGGAGAAAGCUGUUGUAGUUUCUUGUCAUAGACCCAACCGACAUUCCAAGAACAUCAUACAUAUUGUGGUAAAUGGUGAAUUCAUAGAAUUGGGUCACCAUGGUGCAAAACCUACACACGAAUUAUCUCCUACCCCAUAUCUCCUCAUCUAUGUUCCAAGUUUGGUUCAAAUCCAACAUGGUAUAUAAUUCUUUGGAGGAGGCAAAAAGGAAAGCACCAAAUCAGCUAGUGCAUGGCCUUGUAAUUGUCACACUAGUCUAUGCAUUAUAUAAUCCAACUCUUGGUAUUUCAAAGAUAUAUAUGUAUUGCUAAUUUAAUUAUGACUUG